AUGUUACCGACUCCCGUAUCCCUUUCCAAACGAAAGCCUUUUCGACGCGAGACUCAGAGACUCCGAUUAUUGUUGACACGUGCCAGAAUCACGAACCUUGGAGUUCUCCUCUUAUUCCUCUUCGCCCUUGCGUCUGUUGUACUCAACUUGACUUACUGGCUGACAUGGCCUUUACCGAUUACAAGUUACCCUCACUCAAUACUGUCGACUAUCUCUCGGAGACAGUUUGAAGGACUUGACCAUUUGAUAGUGGUUCCUGGGCAUGCCAUCUGGAUUGGGUCGAAGGCGGAAGAUAGAUUCAAUGACGAUUUAUGGACCUUGGAGUCGUACCAGAAGCAGGGUGGUCGUCCAGAAGCCUUCUUCAAACAUAUAUCGAAAGGCGUCGAACUGGCAAACGAAGACAACAGCUCGUUAGUCGUGUUUAGCGGCGGGCAGACAAGACCCUCUUCUACAACGACUGAGGGAGAGUCAUACCUUCGCCUUGCUCUUCAAGCCAAUCUUUUCCGCACCUCGAUUCCCAACCAACCUCUUCGCGCGACAACCGAAAACUACGCGCUUGAUUCGUAUCAAAACUUUUUGUUCUCCAUCGCUCGGUUCCAGGAAUACACCGGACACUAUCCGAGGCAAAUAACCAUAGUCGGAUAUGAGAUGAAACGGAAACGUUUUGAAGAACUGCAUCGGGCCGCACUUCGGUGGCCGAACGACCGUUUCCAGUAUGUCGGAAUAAAUCUCAAUAGGGACGAGGACGCAGUGGUGGCAGAGAUGGGCGAAAAUCUGAACGGUUUCCUUCCGUAUUCCCGCGACUUGUAUGGCUGUCACUCAGAGCUACUCUUGAAAAGGAAGGCUAGGAAUGCGUUUUCCCGCUUUCAUCCCUAUCACACAUCUUCGCCCGAACUACGUCAGCUCAUGGAUUGGUGUCCUCAUGAUGGUGAUGCCACUGCAUUGUUUACCGGCCCUCUUCCAUGGGACUAG